AUGUUUUUUAUUCAACAAAUCAGUACACAGAUACCACCUGUUGUACCAUUAACAAAUGCAUUAACAGCUAUUUAUUGUCAUAAUUUUAAUGAUGUUGGUAUCAUGACAAUACGUUGUGGAACAAAUGAAAAAAUACGUAUGUUAGAUGCAUUUGAUGUUGUUGUAAAAAAUAAAACACAUCUACCAUUACAAUGUUUAAAACAAAAACAUUUUUCAAUGGUACAUGGUGAUAUUUCAAAUAAAGCGGAUUGUAAAAUUCAUACAAGUUUUACAUCAGCAUGUUCUGGUAGAGAGAAUUGUACAUUACAUAUGCAACGUAUACGUUUAAAUAAUGCUAAUGAAAAUUGUCAUAAUGAAUUAGUUGAUUAUACAAUGGCAUUUUUUGAAUGUAUAUCAGAUGUAUUUAUUCAUGAUAUAUGUUCAACACAAGCAAUAACAUCUGCUUGGGGUACAUUAAAAACACCGAAUUUUCCAAAUCCUUAUACAUCAAAUGAUGAUUGUUGGUGUAAAUUAUCAACACAAUUACAAUAUCGUCUUUUACUUUCUGUUAUUAUCUUUCAAUUAAUUCCAUAUGAUCAAAAUUGUACUGGUGCUGGAUUAUAUUUACAGAGUAGUAAUGAACAACGUAGUACUCAAUGUACUUAUUUACAACCAGGACAUAAUUAUUUAAGUGAUGGAAAUUCAUUAUAUAUUAAUUUCUAUAGUCGAACAUUAACUGUACGUGGAGGAUUUUGGAUUAUAUAUGAAGCAAGUCAACCUAAUGCUGAAGUUCAUUUACAAUGUGGACCACGAAAAAUACUCGGUGUACCAUCCGAAGAAUUGUUUACCUCGCCACCACCUGUUUCAUCAUCAUAUACUCAUGGUUGGAAUCGUUUAGUUUAUAAUGAUCCACCUAAUCCAAAAGGUUUAAUUAAUGAUCAUAUAAUGCAUAUACAAUCGGUUGCUGCAACAUCUCGUUCAUUCCUUGAUAGAAAUUUUAAAAGUAAUUCGUCAACAACACUAGCCAGUGCUUUCACAUAUCCAUAUGGUAAUUUAACAACAUUUGAAUUAGCUUAUGGACCCCGAGGAUGGUUUCUUAAAUAUCCAUUGAAUUCGUCCAAUAUGACAGCAACGAAAGUUUUACAAUCAACAACAACUGAAUUACCAGUUUUUAAAUGGAAUUCUACGUGGCGUUAUAUUCGACGACUACGAACUAGAGUUUUUGUAACAACAACAAGUACUAGUACCACAACUACGAUUACGACUACGACCCUCUCGACUACUACGAUCACAACGCCAACGACAACAUUAGAAUUGACUACUAUUAUAAUACCUACAAGUACAUCUAUGAUUAUAACUACUGAACAAGAUAUCAUUCCUUUGUCAUCAACAAUGGUUUCUAUUACUACUUCACCACAAAGUAUUGCUGUUGAACAACAUUUAACAGUUACUGACGAAUCAAGAGUAUAUGACAGUUCCACUGACACAGAAAUCUUGACAACAAUGCUACCUAACAUUCAAUCAACGAUAAAUUUACCAGUAUCAUCAUUUAUGUUAAAAACUACUAUACCUACAGCAACACCUUAUUAUCCACCGGAUGGUCCAUUUGAUUGGUGGCAAUGGCAGGGGUAUAAUAAAAAAUUUUCGACAGUAUCUUUAAAAAUUCUUACUACUACUGCGACUACGACUACUACUACGACCACCACCACUACUACUACUACUACCAUUCAGACAUCAAUAUCUUCUACACAAACAAGCACAACAACUAUAACGAUAACAACAACGGCUAGUACAACUAGAGCAAGUACUAGUUUGUCUGCUCGGAAUAGAAUUAUGAAACUAAGUAAUACAACACGUACAAUACCUAUUACCAGUACAAAUGCAGUAACUGUUGAUUGGUUCAAAUGGCCACAUAUUGAAUCAAGUUCAUCUACAACAACAACAACAGCACGAUCUGAUUACUAUGAUGAUGAUUAUUUUGAAUGGCUUGAUUCUGUUGAAACAAAUAAAUAUCAAACUACAAUAACAACAAAUCCUUUUCUAUCUAUUGUACCUCUAUCACAAGGAAAACAAUACCAACAAAUGAGUUUUUUACCAACAAAAUCAAAUCAAAAUAUUAAUAAUUAUGGUAUGAUGGCCGAUACACCAUCUUCAAAAAGAUAUAAUACACAACAAAAUAUCAGUACAAUUUAUGGUAAAGAUUCUUUAGCAAAAAAUCAACUGAAUGAAGAAAUAACAAAUAUCACUGAACCACGAAAUAAAAAGGAUUCGGAAGAAUACGGCUGGUUAAGUAAAACAGAUAUGAUGAUUGUAACUGUAUCAGUACUAUUUGUUAUUCUGUUAGUUUUUAUUAAUAUAAUUUUGUUUGCUGUUCGAAGGCAUCGACAUCGAUUACAAGGACGACAUUUACUUUCUACAUCAUUUCCAUCAUCAACAAAUAAUCGAAGCAUAUCAAAUAAUCAAUUACAUAGUGCAAAAUUAGGUGAUUCUACAGAUAGCCUAAUUAAUAUAACGAAUAAUAAUAAUAAUGAUAUAUUACCAGCCGUUGGAGAAAUAGUACUAUGGGAUGAAAAAGAUCAAGGUGGUUAUACGAUCGAUAAUCAUGGUGAAUGGGCAAAGAUUGAAGGACGACAAUGGUUAGCUAAUGAUAAUAUACUUGAAAAUUCAGGCAAACUAUCAUCUUUUUCGAAAAGAAUCCUUGAAAACAUUGCUAUUAGAAUAUUUUCUAUUGAUAGUUUUCGAUCACAUUUUCAAUUUAUGCGUCAAUCAAAUAAAAAAUCGAAUCAUGGUCAUCAACAGGUUCCAGCUUCACCAAAAAUACAACAACAACAAAUAUCCUCAUUUCCUCUUCCUGUAGAUACUACUACACUUUCACCUGUACCCGAAGCUGAUGAUUAUCAAUCAUCAGAAUUUAGUUCAUCCGAUAGGAUUCUUCGAAAUUCCGAAACAAAACCUAAAAAUUCAAAUAAAAAACAUCAAGAAGCAAUAAAAGCUGUUCAAGCAUUGAUACAUACAGAAUAUAAUCAUAGUGAUGAUUAUUAUAAACGAAUAGAAAGUGGUGGAGAUGAUUCAAAUUAUACAACAAUGCAUGAAAAUGCUGGUGAAGAAUAUUCUAUAGCUGAUCAACAAACUGAUCGAAGUUUAGGAAAUGAAACUGAUGUUGGAGGAUCUGUUAUUAUCAGUGUACCAACAAUGUUAAAACGAGAAGAUGAUAUUGGUAUAAUAACUGAUGGUGUGGACUCUAUUUAUAAUCAAAAUUAUUCUAUCCAUUCACGUGAAACUACAAAUCAAUCAAACUAUCUUCAAACAAAUAAUACAAAAUUAUUUACUAGUAAACAAUCAACUAAAACAUUUAAACCCAUAACAAAUAAUUCAAUAAUUGUUGGUCAUUGUCAAACAGAUAUUUUACCAUUAGAUCCAAAAAUUUUCGAUAAAACAUUAUUAGCUGAACAUCAUCAAUUUUAUAGUUGUUCACAAUCAUUACAAUUCUCAACAUAUGAUUCAGGAUUUUUUGAUGAUCAAACAAUUAAUAGUUUACCAAUGACAUUAACAAAUGAACCUAUAAGUAAUGAUAAUAUUUCCUCUAGUGAAACAAAUGAUAGUUCACCACCAAAUAGUUUAUCAAAAAGAAAUUUAAAAACAAUUCGACAAAAACAAACAUAUACUGUUAAACUUUGA